GUCCGAAUACUGUCGAGUAACAACAACACCGCACGUGGGGCACAACGAAAAUGGAAAUAGUUACAGGCACAUAUGAAGAAUUGUUGUUUGGCUACACUCUUGUAGAAGAAGAGGGGAGCUACAGUCUGCUACAGACUUUCACGGACCAUUCACACAAAGGAUGCAUCAAAUGUGUGGCAAUUUCAGACAAUAAGAUUCUUGUUUCUGGUUGUACAGAUGAGAGUAUACAUAUUUACAAUUUGCGAACACGCAAAGAGCAUGGGACACUUGAGGAACACGAAGGGUCCUUGACAAGACUGGAAUUUUUCCAGAACUCUCAUCUGUUUAGCACUGGUGAAGAUGGCAAACUUUGCGUGUGGAAAGUAGCUGGUUGGGAAGUACUGCGCACUUUCAAAGGACACAAAGGUGCUGUCAACUGUGUUUCCAUCCACCCAAGUGGAAAGAUGGCUUUGACUGUUGGACAAGACCAUACACUUAAAACAUGGAAUCUUGUAACAGGAAGGCCUGCCUAUACAUCCAAUAUUAAGCAAGUGGCAGACCUUGUGUUGUGGUCUCCAAGUGGAGAUUGCUAUGCUGUCAGUUCAAACAACAACAUCAGUAUAUACAAAGUCGACGAUUGCAAAGUUUGUCACAAGAUUCAAGCAGCUGGUCGGAUCUGUGCACUUGCAUUUCUUACUGCAGAAAUACUGGCAUAUGCUGGAGAUGGAGGAAUUAUUUUUUUCUAUGAUGUUGUUAAUGGGAAAGAGCUUUACCAGAUAACAACUGAUACCAACAGAAUUCGGGGACUAUCCAUUAGUCUCUCUCAUACACAUCCAGACAGUGGGAGCCUGUGGCUAACAUCUGUGUCAAGUGAUGGUUACAUCAAUGUCUACAGCAUUCAAGUUGAAGAGGGUGCAGUCACUUCACAGUUGCUGGUGUCCCAUAAGACCAAGUUUCGGCUCACAUGUGUGGCCACGUCAAGACCAACCAAAAACCAGAGUGACAAAAGCACUGAAGAAACAUCUAAAACAGCUGUUAAAACAAAGAAGCAGAUGUUUAAAACCUCAGGCAGAGAGCACGAUGAAGAGAACCAAACACUUGAUCUUGCCUUAUCUGAGCAGAAACCUAAAAAAAGUGCAAAAAAUGACAAGAAUGUGAAAAAAAGAAAGGCUAUAUCUGAGCAGGACUCUUGUUCAAAGAAAGCCAAAAAACUUAUCAAACACAAGGAACCCAGUAAAAACAGAAUCAAGAAAAAGAAGGCCAGAAGUGAGAAAAAGAAAUAACAAUUCUGUUUCAUGAGAAAAGUAUAUUUUUUGUCACGCUCUUGUGUUAAAAAA